AUGUCCAGCUUAUACAAGUCUGUUCUUACGAACUCUGCGGGCUCGAAGCGCGGAUCAGGCACACCCUUCCGUGGCCGUUCAACGAGAGGAGGACACCGUUUAUCGGACUCAGCUGUCCCUGCUAUUGCCGGUAACAACAAUGUAUCGAACCAAGGUCAUCCUGUGAGCGCCAGAGGUCGCGGCAGAGGCACCGGUCCGUCACCCUUUGGCACCUCGUCACACGGAAACGCCAAAGUUGGAGACGGUAAUACCAGAGGCGGGUUUACUGGCUUUCGGAAAGGACCUUCUCCGCCUGUCGCUCAGACAAAUGGCCAACAAUCGUUUAACCCGUUUGGGCCGAAUUCGAAUGCACCGGUUAACUCCCCAUUUGGUCCAGCUGCUCGAGGCAGAGGAAAUCAUCAUGCCAAUUCUGGACAAUCCCGUGGAGGACGUGGAGGUACCCGCGGCUUUGGAGCGAUUGACCGAUCCAGGGAUCCAAGACGACGAAACGACGCCCCCGCCGCGGUCGUCAAGCAGGCGGAUAAUAUUGAGGACUAUAACGCUCGUUAUGAACAGCUAAAACAAGAUCGCGCAAGCCAACGAAUACAAGCUAUUAAAGCUGGAAUUAUGCCUGACCCAGACCAGCCAACUACUCUGAAACAGGCAAUCACUCCGACCGGCAACUGCACGGAAAUGUGUCCUGAGUUUGAACGCGUCGAAAGAAUUGUCCAAAAAAUGGUGGAUAAGUGUGAAAAGUAUGUUGACCUAGAUUCGGGGGUCUCUAGCAACAUAGAAGGGAAAAUGAUAAAACGAUUCAGACGAUCAGCUGCUGGUAAAGACGAGCAGCUGCCAUCAGAUAUUCGUACCCCUAAAACUUUGCUGCAAACCAUCAACUAUAUGCUUCGAUAUGUUACCACCAGUGAUGAUAGUCUUGGUUCGAGACAUAAGUUCGUCUGGGACAGAACGCGUUCCGUACGAAACGAUUUAUCCAUCCAACAGGUUAGCCAGAAGCAAGAUAUCGAGAUAGCCGUCAAAUGCUUCGAAAGGAUUGCUCGUUUUCAUAUCCUCUCGCUCCACCUGUUAUCGAGCCCAACAAACCAAGAACAGUUCGACCAUCAUCAAGAGCGAGAGCAAUUGAACAAUACCCUCCUGUCACUCCUUUAUUACUACGAUGAUAACCGUGGAAGACUCACUUUUCCAAAUGAGGCCGAGUUUAGAGCGUAUUACAUCUUGUUUUCCAUCCACGACCAGCGUCCAGAUCUUGAAGCUCGAGUCCAGAAAUGGCCUCGUGAACUAAGGGAGUCUCCUCGGGUCCAGGUAGCCAUGGAAAUGUUUGCAGCGGCAGGUAAUACCUGGGAAUAUCAAGGUACAUUAGACGCGAAGCGGCCCAAUCCGCUUGCCCAGGGUCUCUACUCUCGGUUCUUCAAACUUGUCAAAUCGAAGAGCGUGUCUUACCUCAUGGCUUGCGUGGCCGAGGUGUACUUCAGCCAGGUUCGCCAAACAGCAAUUAGGUCGAUUUGGAAAGCAUACUGCCGGCAACCUGCCUCCCAGCAGCAUAAAAACCAAGAGUGGACCAUUGAGGAGCUCACUACUGCCCUGGCAUUCGACAAUGAUGAGCAGACAAUUGCCUUCUGCGAGGAGCAAGACCUCCAGUUUGCAACCAAUAGUGAGGGCCAACUUUAUCUGAACUGGGCUAACCGCCCGCUCGACUCAAUUGUAUUCCAGCCAUCUUCCCGACAGACUUUCUCCUACCAGCUCGUCGAGCAAAAACGCUGCGGUAGAUCACUGGCUGCUGUCAUUCUCGGGAUGAGUGUUUCCCAAGCCAUUAGGUACAAAAUGAUUGACGUUUCUCUCCUUCAAAAUGAAUCAUCCGUUCAAUCGAUGCAGGAAGAUGAAGAGGGACUAUUCGUUAGCGAUGAGGAAGACCAACCAAAGCCCGCUCAGACUGUUCAGCAGUUACCAUUCGAAACAGUUAAUAAGCCAGCUACAGCCUUUGGUACAUCCUCACCAGGCGCCUCUACGUCUCCUUUUGGUCAAAGCUCUCCGUUUGGUCCUCCUUCGAACUCCCAGUUGUCUCCCGCCGCAUCUCACUUCUACCCUCAAAAUUCCAAUACCAAGCCAACCAUCCAGUUUGGACAGCCAAGCCCGGCUCAAACCCCAACAUCCUUAUCUCCAUCGUCAACGCCGCCUACAAUACAAAAUUCAAGUGAAGUUCCGGCUCCAGCUACUUCUAACCCACCCACAUUCUCGUCAACAUUUCCUACAACUGCCGUUUCCGGCUUUGGAUCCCCAUCCUUUUCGUCACCCAGCAGCAGUGGGCUUUUCAAGGGAGAGCAAUCCACCCAGGCCGCUCCAGCUUUCGGUUCUACUUCUACUGCACUUACCAACACAGCUAAGCCAACUGGAAUGAUGCCUGCUGUUCCUGGAGACCGGCAGCCUCUAUUUGGAACUCCUUCGCCUUUUGGUCCACCGGCCGAGCCUAAACCUUCUGCCACUAAAUCACCUAGCUCCCUCUUUGGGAACACCCAGCAAAUAUCCUCACCCCCGCAAGAUGAAACUUCAAAGAAACAGCUUCAGCCUUUAUUUACUCCUUUUCCUGGAGGUACUACCGGCAAUAAAUCUUCCAUGUUUGGACAGGACUCGAGCUUUGCAUCACAAACACCGGCACAGCCGACCGAACAAACAUCAAAUGAAGGCGGUACCCUUGAAACAACCAAACACUCGUCUCCAUUUGCUGUAUUCCAGCCAACUCCAUCUAUCAAUUUGACUGGAAAUGAUGAGGCCGUGAAGCCCGUGUUCCCUUCAUCCACGAAGUUCUCAUUCCCGUCCUCUCCCUUUGAACUGAACGAUUCUGAGCCAGGAGCACCUAAUCCUCAAGAUUCACACCCGUUUCAAACGGAACCAAGUAUCAACACACAACCUGGCCCUUCUCCGGAACAAUUGAGAGAAGCAGAAGAAGAAAAGUUAAGAGAAAAGGAAGAAGCAGAAGCGAAAAAGGCGGAACAGGAAGAAAGGAGGAAAAUAGAAGCGCUUAAGUUAGAGCAAGAAAGAGAGCGACAAAGGCGCGAGGAAGAGGAAGUUAAGAAACAAGAAUUGGAAAGACGGGAGGCUGCUGCACGUGAGGCGGCCAGGGAGGCGCUACGAAAGCAAAAAGAGGCGCAAGAGGAAGCCAGACGUCAGGCAGAAGAGGAAGAAGCACGAGCCAAGCGUGAGAUUGAGCGUCAACGCGAACUUGCCCUUGAACUCCGGGCAGCUCAGCGAGAAAUUGCAAAGAGAGAAGCAGCUGAAAAGAAGGCAGCACGAAAAGAAGCUGCUAGGAGAGCCUCAAUAGAAGCCGAUAUCAUGAAGCGAAAAGCCGACGCGCUUAUUGAGGAACUCGAUGUUCACCAUAAGAGAGGCUCCAAAGUAGCCAGGCUGACUCCAGAAGAUGAGCUUUCGGUGGAGGAGCUGAUGAGUAGUAACCGGCCUAGGCACAAGAAACCUCCAACGUCAACUCCACAGCCUUCGAAACCUGCCAUAGACGAAGACGAGCUCCUUCUCUCUGCAGCUAGGCUGGCUGCCCAUACCUUGUCUCAGGGAGCUCGACUUUGGGACGAAGUACCAGACUUUAGCCGUUCAGUUUCUUCCCCAUCCAGCUCCUUUUUUGGGAGGUCAAGUAUUGGAUCUCAACCGAGCUUUGACAGAUCCCGUGCAACUGUGAACGGGUACGAUGUUGCCCUGGCCCCUUCCUCGCCGCUUGGCUUGGGUAGGACUCUAUCGCGGACUGAACAAAGGAUAAGGGCCACUGGAGCCAAAGGCCUUGCAACUAAACCGAUCCCACCUUCUCACGGGCUGAAGAGAAAUAGCGAUAAAGGGAGAAAACCACAGUUCUAA